AUGGAAACAUCUGUUGAACCUCCUUGCGAUCCGCUCAAGGAUACCACAGACACGAGAAAGUCUCAGGAUCACAACUCCAUUGUGGAGUUCACUGAUCCACUACCUCCAUUACCACCCUCACCUGGGCGUAGUUCCACUAAUUUUCCUGCAAUACGGCAACUUGUAAAUCGUCGUGUGUCUUUAACUAGUGGUGGAAUGGCUGAAGUAGAGGAGUUGAUCUUCUCCCCUCGAAGCAGCGCAAGUCGCAUCACGAGUGUUCAACACAUUACACCCUUCAAGGAGGAGAUUAGUGCAAGAGGCUCUGGACUACAUGUUAUGACAAGCAGAACGGGUCUUUCUACAGCGAGGAGUAGCAGUAUCAGUGUGAACUCUCGGGGUUCUAAUGGAUGGGGAAAGAGUUUUGCGUACAUCAGCCCAAGUUCAGGAGAUGAAUAUUCAGUCAGUAGAGUUCCACGCUCUCUUUGUUUUCAACGUGGUAAAAUUGUAGGCUCAGGUGGAUUUGGUACAGUGUAUCAAGCUAUUCUCUCUGAUGGUUCACUUGCCGCUAUAAAAGAAAUGAAACGUGAUACCGAUGCAAAAGCUAUAGAUAGAGAGGUUCGUACAUUAAGUAGUCUUCCUCCUCAUCCACAUUGUGUUCGUUAUUUUGGAUCACGACUUAGCAGACAUCAUCACUAUAUUAUAAUGGAGUACAUCAGUGGAGGUAGUAUUCAAUCUCUACGUUCAUCAGUAGGAAGAUUUAAGGAAUCAGUGAUGCAGCGAUAUGCAAGAAUGGUUCUAUUGGGUUUGCAACAUUUACACCAAAAUGGUAUUAUUCAUCGUGAUAUAAAGGGUGCAAAUGUUCUCUUGGAUGAAAAAGGUUAUGCUAAAAUUGUUGAUUUUGGUUGCUGUAAAAAUUUAAAUAUUCCUCAAAUUACACUUGGAGGAGGAGGGACACCACUGUGGAUGGCACCGGAAGUUUGUCGUGGGGAAACUGCUACGGCGAAAUCAGAUGUAUGGGGUGUUGGUUGCCUUUGUCUUGAAAUGACAAAUGAUACUGGAGUACCGUGGUCAUUUCCUGCUGGAACCAACGCUCAGGGUGUCGCCUAUGCUAUUGCAAGCGCUAAAAAUUCACCGCCUAUCCCCUCACAUUUAUCAUCAUUUGCGCAGGACUUUAUUCGCAGUUGCCUCCAAAUAGAUGCAGAGGAUCGACUAACUGUAGAUGAAUUACUGCAGCAUAAAUUUUUUUCCCAAGAUUUGGCUGAACAAGAUGAUGAAAAUGAGGAUGUAAUCCUCUCACGAGAGGGAAGUUUGGAACAGUACUCAUCCCACUCCAAGAUUCGUUAUGCACGUGGAAAUGUUACCGAAAAAAGUGAUAAUGAUACAAAUGUAAAAAUUAUUGUCUCAGCUACUACAUCCGCAAAUUCCUCAAGGAUCAACAAUAACAGAAAAAGAGAGACAGCUAGAAAUGGAGAAUUUCGUCUUGAACCUGCCACAGAUGAUGAUGAUGAUUAUGAAGAUACUUCUGAAGGCAAUAAUGAUGACCAUUACAGUAAUGGUGGAAAUUAUGAAUUCAAGAUUGAUACCAACAAUUUUGGUAAACGAGGUUCUCUUAAUGGCAUGAAUGAUACUGCAGACACGAUCAUUCUUGCUAUUCCCAGUCCACAUAGCAUAGGAUCACCGGGGAUCGUAGUACCACAUCAAGAGUCACUCGAUUUUGAUCGUUCAAAUUCUAUGAACAGUGGUCUAUCUAAUACGUUAGUAAUAAGAAGGGGUUCGCUUAAUAAAUCUGAUUCUUUUGAAAGAGCAGCAAGUACUCAGGCUGUGCCGCAAAGCCUGGCGCUGCCGCUGCCUCAGCAGGGAAUUGAGAGCAAUGAAGAACGUUUUUCAAAUAGUUUAAGUUCGAUACAAUCUUCGACUGUGCAUCCUCUUGCUGCCCCCAUUGAGUGGGAGAGCUACGGUUCAGACAGUGUUAUCGGAGGAAAGAAAUCGUGCAAAAAGAACGAAAGACGAAUUGUUCAGAGCUCUACCGGUAGACAUAUGAGACAUGAAAAACAUGGUGGCUUCAGUCUGCUAGGGUGGUUCAAAUAA